AUGAAUGAACUUAAUGAAUAUGAUGGAUUAAACUUUAACGAAUAUGAAAACAUGGAUAAUAAUGAGUUCGAUAAAAAAAACAUAACUAAUGAUAAAAGUUUUGAAUUCAACGAAGAUCUCUAUAUACCAAGUAGUUUAAAUGAUAACGUUAUGGAAAAUAAUAUUAAUUAUGAUAAUAUUAAUAUUGAUUAUAGUAGUAAUUAUAAUGAGCUAGAAAUUGAUAAAAGAGAAAAUCACGAUAUGAUGAGUAAUAAUAGAUAUAGCUUUAACAAACCUAAUGACAGUGUAAAUAAAUAUGCAGCAUUAGGAAAAGAAAGUAAAAUGUCUAUUGAAAAUUCAUAUGAGCAAUUUUUUGAAAAUGAAUCAGAAAUAUCCGACACUGAAGCAUCUGUUACUUGGGAAACAGAAAGGUUAAAAAGAAUUGAAGAAAGAAAAGAAUAUGAAGAAAAGAAAAAAAAAGAAAUUAAAAAAAAAGCUGCUGAAGAUUUAAAAAAGUGGUAUGAGGAAAUGGCAGUUGUUAUAAAAGAAAACAAACAAAAUUCAAAAAAAAUAUCAGAAGAAAAAAAAAAAGAAAAGAAUAUUGAUAAUAAAGUAUGGCUAAAAGUUUCUCAAUAUCUAGAUUUAGAGAAAGGUGAUUAUUUUAAAGAAAAUAGCAGAAUGAAACAAGUUUUGCUAAAAUUGCUAAAGGAAGAAGAAGCAGCAUCAUAA